AUGUGCGCCGGCGACGCAGAUUGGGAAUGUGCGCGGGCGACGCAGAUUGGGAAUGUGCGCCGGCGACGCAGAUUGGGAAUGUGCGCUUACGCGCAGAUUGGGAAUGUGCGCUUACGCGCUGAUUGGGAAUGUGCGCGGGCGACGCAGAUUGGGAAUGUGCGCGGGCGACGCAGAUUGGGAAUGUGGGCGGGCGACGCAGAUUGGGAAUGUGCGCCGGCGACGCAGAUUGGGAAUGUGCGCGCGACGCUGAUUGGGAAUGUGCGCGGGCGACGCAGAUUGGGAAUGUGCGCCGGCGACGCAGAUUGGGAAUGUGCGCCGGCGACGCAGAUUGGGAAUGUGCGCUUACGCGCUGAUUGGGAAUGUGCGCCGGCGACGCAGAUUGGGAAUGUGCGCCGGCGACGCAGAUUGGGAAUGUGCGCGGGCGACGCAGAUUGGGAAUGUGCGCGGGCGACGCAGAUUGGGAAUGUGCGCCGGCGACGCAGAUUGGGAAUGUGCGCUGACGCGCUGAUUGGGAAUGUGCGCGGGCGACGCAGAUUGGGAAUGUGCGCCGGCGACGCAGAUUGGGAAUGUGCGCGGGCGACGCAGAUUGGGAAUGUGCGCCGGCGACGCAGAUUGGGAAUGUGCGCCGGCGACGCAGAUUGGGAAUGUGCGCUUACGCGC